AUGUCGUUCAUCGAGGUUAACAACAACCACUUGGAGUUUACUCGAAGUGAAUCAUUUACUCAUUUAAUCAAUGAAAAAAUCCCAGGAGUUGACAAUGUACCUGUUGAAAUGAAGCAUAAUCUUUUCACGUGUUUUGAUGUUCAUCCAUUAUCUCAACGACAGAUCAACAAACCACUCUCAUGCCAAAUAUGUAAUGGAAAGUUUUCAGAAGACGAUGAAAACUUGAUUCCAAGAAUACUCACAAGAUGUGGUCAUACAGCCUGUCACGAAUGUUGCUUAACACUUCAUGACGGCACCAAACUGGGAGCGGUGACGUGCCCAUUUGAUCGCAGAGAAUCACUCGAUAAAUUCCUCGCUUUCUCAGACUUCAAAAUCCCAGUGUCCAUGAUGACAGAUCCGCGGCCGAUUGAUGAGGGUCCAGAAACAAAACGAAAAAGAACGAAACCAAAGGACCAGAUUAAUAAUAAUCAAUUAUAUUCCACUUUUUAA